GAUGGAUGGCUUCAUAGCCAACUAAUUAGAAUGUCAUAAUUGUGUGUGGCUGAGAAAUUAAAGAGUGGAGUGAGUGCAUAGAUAUAGUAUGUAGAACACUGGUGGGUUCUGGUUUUUCCUAGCGUGGCAAGCUUUGAUUACAUACAUUGGAGCUCUGAUUUAAAAUGUGUGGUGGUGGUGUUUUGUACAUUUUUUCAUUUGUGCAAAAUGAAAAAAGAACACAACAUUCUUGAGGCACUUUUAACAAUUUCAAUCACAUGCCCAAGGUGUCUUCUGCGCUGGUAGAGCAGUAAAAAAUGGUUUGCAUUUUGUUCCCUUGGUAUUUCACAUCGUUCAUGUUGACUUACUUUGUUCAUUCAGACCUUUUUUUUCAUGAAUGUUAUCACAUGGGGAGUAGUUUCAGGGGACUAAAUCGAACAGGAGCGGAAAGACUCAUAGUAAGUGUGUUAUGUGCUCGUAUCACAUGUGCUUGACUAACAUGCUAUGGCUAAUUGAGGUCUCUUUAAAAGGAGUCAUUAUCGAGCCUUUUCACUGGUUAACUUCUCUUGGCGAGACCUUUUUUAUUCUGAGGGGGACAGGGGGCCACUCUAAUCACCACUGGUAUCGAUCUACAGUUCUUGUACUGCGGUCUUAAAAUGGUUCUCGAGGAAUCCAGCAUUAGUUUUCGUGAGGUGCCGUCAUCCAUUUCCUUCUCCGGAUCCGGCUUUUUGGCCACUUACGAGUUGGGAGUUGCCCAGUGCUUUGUCGAUAAUGCGCCAUGGCUACUGCGCAAGGCACCAUCCAUUCUUGGCGCAUCAGCGGGGUCUUUGGUUGCUGCUGCUGUUGCCUGUGAAAUAAACCUGAUUACGAUGCGAAACGAGAUGCUCAACUUCGCUAGAGCGAUGAAGGCCUUCACACUUGGACCAUUCAACCCUUCUGUUGAUAUUCUACACUGGUUAAAAUACAUCUUGCACAAAUACCUUCCCCCUGAUGCCCAUCUCCUCGUAAACGGGCGUCUCGCUGUGGCUGUGACCCGCCUGGAUGAUGGCGAGUACACCGUAAUAACGGAGUACCGGUCCAAAGAUGAUGUCAUACAGGCUCUGCUUUGUAGCUGCUUUGUUCCAGGAUAUUGUGGCAUGCUGCCUCCCUCCCUCAAUGGAGUACACUAUAUGGAUGGAGGUUUCAGCCAGAUGCAGCCAGUUCUGGCGCUACCCUGCCGUACUUUAACAGUGUCUCCCUUUUCCGGAGAGACGGACAUUUGUCCCCGAGACGAGCCCUGCAUGUUGGACAUGGUGGUGACUGGAGUAACCUUGAAAGGCAACUUGGCUAACGGUCUAAGGAUCUGGAAUGCGCUCUACCCCCUAAAACCAGAUGCUGUGGAGCAAGCUUAUCACAGUGGCUACAAAGAUGCCUUUCAUUUUCUUCUGAGCAAUGAGCUUCUCCCAAACAUGAAAAUGAUCACACUUCCUCAAGAACUAGAGAGCGCUGGCUGCCGCCGCACUAAAACUCCCAAAUUACCAGAGACUACUUCGGAGGAUGAAAUGGGGACACAUGAGUUGUCUUUUUUCCAACGCAGCCAAAGCAUGCAGAUGAACACUUCUGCCGAGCUUCAAUCUCCAGCUGCGGAACAACCCCUCUCGUUUGAUGCAGCAAAGAAUGUUCUGACGGGCAAUAUGACAAUGUAUGGGAGCAUGCUUGGCCCUUCAGGAUUCUUGACCGACUUGGUGCUACCGAUGGUACUGAUGUUGCAGACUCUGGUUGAGACCAAGGAAAUAUUCUGGUUGCUGUCCCAAAGGACUCCAGUGGUGGCAUUUUGGGCUUGGUGUAGCCUGAGACAGUUUACGUUAUUCUUUUUUAGGAUCCUCUUCUUUACCGUAACAAAGAACUUAAAGAACAGGGUGUUGCCCAUCAUUUUGAAGUUUAUGGUGAUGAAACGAGCUCAAAAUGAGGUUCAGCUAAAGCUCAGUUGCCCUCCACGUCACAAGGAGCUGUCCCGAUCUGAAAGUGUCAGGUUCGGAGGUUUGCGGUCCAAACCUCCUUUACGAGCGUUGUAACAGGACAGUUGAAAUGCUUCAAGACUUUUUUUAAACAAAGCUCAUUGAUAAAUCUGUGCGCUGAACUUGUCUCACAUGUAAAUGCAGGUCUUGGACACUUGUGUGUCUGAAGCAACCGAAAGGUUGAGUUUAUUCUUUUGCAAAGGAAGGCUUCAUUAAAGCAAAUUGUGCAGGAAAAUAUUUUUGAUUUCAUUUCUUUGUGAUGUCCAGCAAUUUCUCUUCACGUCCUUGCCAAGAGACUUGCUACCUUGUGUUAAUUCCUAAAUGCCCGUGUAGUUUUCUCGAGCCAUGAUGUGACUAAUUGAAAUCAACCCAAAUCAGUUUUGAGCUGUUGAAAGUUAAGCUUCCAAACGUGCAGCCAUAUACCAGUAAAUUCCAAAGCUGUCUGAUAAGUUUACGUUUAAAUCAGACACUCAAAAUUCCUUUCACAAAUGCAUUAAGUGAAAUAUGUUGAAGUUGAUAUUGUGGCCUGGGUUGAAAAGGUUGAUUUGGUGCAAAAAACAUUUAGCUUCUGUUUGGGUGCCACUUUAAAAUGAGGGACCCACAAUACCCCGCCCUUCCCCACCCCCAUAUGCACCAGGAUACCUGUCUAAGUGUUCAAUGAAUGUAUGUAAUUGUGCUUGUUAUCCUAUGAACUAUUUUUGCAUGUACUGAUAUGGAGUGUUGCGUACUAUCAAUAAAGCCAUCGCUAUAGCCCCACA